UUUGUGUAGACGUACAUUUAGGUGCAAACAAAAAAUAAUUUUUCUCCAGUCCUCAUCUCACAUUGACAAUUAAAAUCAGAAAGGCAGCCAUCAUAUAUUUAUUCAAUCCUUUAUUGAAAUCAAUACUUUGAAGAAUAAAAUGUCGUUACCUUUUAAUGUCAUUUUGAAGGAGUUGGAAUCAUCUCCAUCCUCCAUUAUUCCUAUUUUAUCCACUUUACACUAUGACAAGAGUGUAUUGAAUGAUAUUUCUAAACCUGAUAUCAAACAUUUAGUAUCAAGAACAUUGAACCUUGCUAGAUCACCUAAUUUAUACAACAAAUGGGCAGGAACUUCUCUUAUUAGAGUAUUGGGUGAUAAUUUCACUAUAUUAUCUCAAGAAGGUGUUAAUUUCUUUUCUCAAUUGAUGAAAAAUUUAGAAUCAUAUAAUGAAACUAUUGAUAUCAAAAUCUUGAAUACUACGGUGGAUACUUUGAAUCAUUUAUGUGAUAACAUUAGAGGUAAACCAACUUUAACUAGAGAGAUAUUAACUCCAAGAUUGGCUCCUAUUAUCACUUUGUACAUGGAGAAAUUACAUUACAAUCCAUAUUUACUUAUUAAAUCAUUACAUAAGUUGAUAAAAUUACAUCCAACUACGUUUAGACCAUUUGGUAAUAAAUUAAGAGCCAGAUUACUUGAAUUCUUAAACUUGAAUGAUUUCAUUACUUUCCCUGAUAAAUUAAAGAAGAUUAUAUUUAAGACAUUAGCAUCAUUACCAAUUAUUGAGAAGACUGAGCCAGAAGUUAAAUGGGAAAAUGAUGUUAAACAUAUUGUAUCUGAAUUAAGAUCUGUCAUGGUUGUGUAUGGUGAAUUCUUAAAUCUUAAUGAUGAUUCACAAUUAAAGAAGUUAGUGGAAAAGAUUGCAUCUACAGGAUCAGAUGAUAAACUUUUAACUGAUUUGUCGAUUGAUGUCAAUGAUCCUAAAUCAAUUUUCCAAAUUUCCGCAAGAGUUGAAUUAUUAUUAGGUUUACUUGAAGCAUAUCUCAGUACAAAAACUUCAUAUGGAGUCAGAGUUCCAUUGGGAUUAGUCUUAAUAGCCAUUGAAAUCGUUUGCUCCAUUAAUGUAAGGUUUACUUCAUUCAGAAACGAUAUUCGUGAUAAUAACAUUAAGAAUAUUGUUACAUCCACCAUUUUAUUAAAUCAUUUGAAUGCUAUUAAAACGUUAAAACACAUCACUCUUGUUUAUAGAGGAAGUUUAUUACCUCAUUUCCUCAAUAUUGUUGCAUUCUUGGAAACUUUAAUCCCAUUCAAAAAUAAGAAGAUUGAUGUCGAUCAUAUCUUAAACAACGAAAUGGUUUAUCGUGAAUUAAUUUCCUCUCUUACUUCAUUAUUGUCACUAAUUUCCAACUUAGGUGAUUCCUCAACAUUGUUAAGAUUCAUUGACGUCGCUCUCAUUUUGGUCGAACCAAGAGUUUUGGAUCAGGAAGCUACUGCUAAUAAGAAAGUUAAUCAAAACAACGGAGGCUCAAAAAAGCAGAGGAAGAAGAACAAUUCACAAUCAACUCCAUUAUCAGAUAUAUUGUCACAUCAACAUUUAUUUUCACAAUCGAUUCCUUCCUUGACUAUUAAGAUUGUUCGUCAAUUUUUCAACUCCGUCAUUCCUAUUGUUAGCUUACCUCCAACCCAACACUACAAACUUAUGAGGUACUUAAUUAUUGAAACUGUAAAUGCAAAGUAUUACAAUAAUGAAAACAUUAUUCCAGAAGAUUUAGUUGUAUUGUUAAGAAAUGCUGUUUUAUUCCCUGGAUAUGAAAAGGUCUCAUUAUUGCCUAUAAUUUCAUCAUUGUUAAGUAAUGAUCCACUAAUUAGUGUUUUUAUUAAUCCUCGUUUCCCACCAUUACCUAUAUUCAUCAAAAAGGUAGAAGUAGAAGAAACUAAUGAUAUGGAACUUGAUUCCGAAGACGAUGAUGAGGAUGAUGAAAAUGAAAGUGAAUUUCAAUUGGCUACUGCUUCAAUCAUUGAAAAUUUAGAAAGGGAAGAGAUAACACCUCAAGUCAAAUCUAGAGAACAUAUUGAAGAAGAAUCAGUUCCUAAACGCCAAAAAGUCGAAUCUGUACCUGGUAAUCAUGUUACUUUUACAAUGACUCAACUGGAAUCAAGAAUAACUGAAACUAUAUCGAACAGUACAACUGAUUCAUCUUCUGUGGCUCCAAUCUCAGCAACUACCUCAAGUUCAUUAUUGAAACAAGAUGUUGAAGAUGAAAGUGAUUCGUCCGACUUUGAAAUUCCUCAAAUUCAGCUUGAAGAGAGUGACUAUGAGUCAAGUUGAGAAAUAUAAUUCUAUAUCUUACAUAAAGCUUAUUUAGUUUACAAAUUCAAUUGAUUUUGUUUUAAGAAAUAUAAAGACUUGCAAAUAUGCAAGAUUUUUACAGAAAUAACAGAAGGAAAAGAAGAUCACGAACUAUUAUAUAU